UAUUUUAUCUUGUCGAGAAAAGUUGAUUUCUUUUUCAACAGAAAACUGAAAGCUAUGCAUGAAAUAAUUCUUUAUUGGAUAGUAUCGUUGAGAAAUACUAUGAUAUGGAUAGGUUUAGGUAUUCGUAACGUUAUGGGUCUAUAAAACUUUAAAGCUUUCCCUAAGAAUUCUCAACAUUUUCUUGAACAAACACAUCAUUUUCUCAAAAUUUCUUUUCUUUUUGUGAUUAAUUUGUGGCUUUGAUUGCGCUCUGCAACUUGGUUGAAGUAAAAGUUUGAUUUUUUGGUUGCGUUGGAGUCUUGCUCAAGGUAUGAUUAUGGAAAGAGGCUCAUCGAAAUCGAACCUAGACAGCUUUCUUGAUCGCACAACGCCUGUAGUCCCAUCUCAAUUUUUACCCAAGAGUGAGAUCAUGAAGCUUAAUAGUCUUUGGCAUCCAUGGGAGAAAGAAAAUGUGGAAUAUUUUAUGUUGAGUGAUCUCUGGAAUUGUUAUGAUGAAUGGAGUGCUUAUGGCGCCGGAGUCCCAAUUAGUUUGGAUAGUGGAGAAAACCUUGUCCAGUACUAUGUCCCUUAUCUCUCGGCAAUUCAGAUUCUUACCAGCAAUCCAUCUUUGAACUCUUUAAGGGAUGAUGCUGAUUCCGCUAGUGAAACGAGGGACUCUUUUAGCGACUCAUUCAGUGAUGAGAGUGAGAGUGAAAAACUGUCGAGAUGGGAUGGUUGUUCCUCUGAGGAGGGCUUUGAACAAGAACUUCUUUGGCAUCAGAAUAAUAGAUUAGGGAACCUUUAUCUCCAACACUUUGAGCGUUCAACUCCUUAUGGAAGGGUUCCUCUCAUGGAUAAGAUAACUGAAUUAGCGGAAAGAUACCCCGGAUUAAUGUCCUUAAGGAGUGUGGAUCUCUCACCAGCAAGUUGGCUCGCAGUGGCAUGGUACCCAAUUUAUCAUAUUCCCAUGGGGAGAACCAUAAAGGAUUUGUCCACAUGUUUCCUCACGUAUCACACCCUCUCAUCUUCAUUUCAAGAUUUGGAUAUUGAAGAUGAAAUACAGAGUACCAAAACGAAGCGAAAAAAUGUAAGAGGCAUCUCUCUAGCUCCUUUUGGGGCAGUGACUUAUAAGAUGCAAGGAAAUGUGUGGGUCUCCGACAAGAGUAGCCGUGAUCAAGAUAAGCUGAACUCACUUGGGAGUGUUGCAGAUUCUUGGCUUAAACAAUUAAGGGUACAACACCAUGACUUCAACUUUUUCAAUGGGAUCCGCCAUGCCUGAUGGCUUGGUAAAACCUUUUGGAUUGAACAGCAAGAUGCUGACUGGCUUGUAUAACCCUCAAUCUUGUUUAUCGUUGUUUGGAUUAGAGAAUUGUAUAUUUCGGCACUUUCUCUUUGUUAGGUUUUACCGUUUAGAGUUGAAAUUAGUAUUUUGAUCGUCUAUGGUUGGGAAUGUAUAAGCCUAAAGCUCACGGGAAUGUUUCACUGGCCUUUGUAUAAAUGUUGCGUUUUGUAGAAAGAGAGGAUCGACUAGGUAAGAAAUUUCUAUCAUGGUUUCUGUAUUUAUUGCUGUAAAUAAAACAAUUUUACACUUA